AUGAUAUACCUGCCCGUGUGUGGAGACGACGGGAAAACAUACAGCAACGAAUGCCAAAUGAAGUGUUCGAGUGGCGUGACCAAAGUGUCCGAUGGAGAGUGCCCGCCAACACCGUGUAUUUGUCCCAGGAUAUAUCUGCCCGUGUGUGGAGACGACGGGAAAACAUAUAGCAACGAAUGUGAAAUGAAUUGUUCGAGUGGCGUGACCAAAGUGUCCGAUGGAGAGUGCCCGCCAACACCGUGUAUUUGUCCCAGGAUAUAUCUGCCCGUGUGUGGAGACGACGGGAAAACAUAUAGCAACGAAUGUGAAAUGAAUUGUUCGAGUGGCGUGACCAAAGUGUCCGAUGGAGAGUGCCCGCCAACACCGUGUAUUUGUCCCAGGAUAUAUCUGCCCGUGUGUGGAGACGACGGGAAAACAUAUAGCAACGAAUGUGAAAUGAAUUGUUCGAGUGGCGUGACCAAAGUGUCCGAUGGAGAGUGCCCGCCAACACCGUGUAUUUGUCCCAGGAUAUAUCUGCCCGUGUGUGGAGACGACGGGAAAACAUAUAGCAACGAAUGUGAAAUGAAUUGUUCGAGUGGCGUGACCAAAGUGUCCGAUGGAGAGUGCCCGUGUAUUUGUACCAUGAUAUACCUGCCCGUGUGUGGAGACGACGGGAAAACAUACAGCAACGAAUGCCAAAUGAAGUGUUCGAGUGGCGUGACCAAAGUGUCCGAUGGAGAGUGCCCGCCAACACCGUGUAUUUGUCCCAGGAUAUAUCUGCCCGUGUGUGGAGACGACGGGAAAACAUAUAGCAACGAAUGUGAAAUGAAUUGUUCGAGUGGCGUGACCAAAGUGUCCGAUGGAGAGUGCCCGUGUAUUUGUACCAUGAUAUACCUGCCCGUGUGUGGAGACGACGGGAAAACAUACAGCAACGAAUGCCAAAUGAAGUGUUCGAGUGGCGUGACCAAAGUGUCCGAUGGAGAGUGCCCGCCAACACCGUGUAUUUGUCCCAGGAUAUAUCUGCCCGUGUGUGGAGACGACGGGAAAACAUAUAGCAACGAAUGUGAAAUGAAUUGUUCGAGUGGCGUGACCAAAGUGUCCGAUGGAGAGUGCCCGCCAACACCGUGUAUUUGUCCCAGGAUAUAUCUGCCCGUGUGUGGAGACGACGGGAAAACAUAUAGCAACGAAUGUGAAAUGAAUUGUUCGAGUGGCGUGACCAAAGUGUCCGAUGGAGAGUGCCCGUGUAUUUGUACCAUGAUAUACCUGCCCGUGUGUGGAGACGACGGGAAAACAUACAGCAACGAAUGCCAAAUGAAGUGUUCGAGUGGCGUGACCAAAGUGUCCGAUGGAGAGUGCCCGUGUAUUUGUACCAUGAUAUACCUGCCCGUGUGUGGAGACGACGGGAAAACAUACAGCAACGAAUGCCAAAUGAAGUGUUCGAGUGGCGUGACCAAAGUGUCCGAUGGAGAGUGCCCGCCAACACCGUGUAUUUGUCCCAGGAUAUAUCUGCCCGUGUGUGGAGACGACGGGAAAACAUAUAGCAACGAAUGUGAAAUGAAUUGUUC